CUCGACUCAAGGAGCAGCAAGAGAGCGCGCGCCAGAGGAAGGCUGGGCUGAAAAAGCCUGCACUCGAGGCGAAGGUGAUUUCAGAUGCGGGCCCCAAAGUGACAGCAUCUUCAGUGUCGUCUCCCAAGCCCCGGACACGCAAACGCAUGGCAGAGGAAGAAGCUCCAGGGACCCCAGAUGCAAAACGUCCCCACGCUGAUGAAACAAAUGAUGCAAUUAAUCCGGAAACUAAUGACGCCCUAGAUAGCACAACCCUCGAGCAGCCUCCAUUAAUGACCGCAACUCUGAAGGAGUAUCAGCUUCAAGGCGUACAGUGGAUGCUAUCUUUAUUUGACAAUGGUCUCAAUGGGAUCUUGGCAGAUGAAAUGGGAUUAGGGAAGACAAUCCAAACUAUUGCUUUCAUUGCUCACUUGAAGGCGCGUUACAUUCAGGGCCCAAUAAUGGUCGUCGCCCCGCUCAGUGUGUUGCACAACUGGGAAGCCGAAUUCACGCGAUUCGCACCUGCUAUUCCCACUUGCGUUUAUCAUGGCUCGCCCGAGGAGCGUGCGCGUUUACGCGAGGAAGUGAUGCAUAGUGAACACCCGAACCAAUCCACGGUUUCCCCAGCCAGUCCUGGCCCGGCAUCCAGGUCUAAGAAGAAGCGGAGUUUCAAGCGUGCCAUCCCUCGGAAGUCUCUCCCUGAACUCAAUGACUUGUCAAAACCUGAGAAAAAAAUUGAUAUGUUCCCUAUUGUCCUGACUACCUACGAUAUUGUCAUGCGAGAUCGGCCGCACCUGUCUAGAUACGAAUGGCGUUAUAUCAUUGUUGAUGAAGGUCACCGUUUGAAGAAUAUGAAUUGCAAACUUAUGCGCGAGAUCAAGCAGUAUUCCAGUGCCAAUAGGAUGAUACUAACUGGAACUCCAUUACAGAACAAUCUUGCGGAGCUCUGGUCUCUCUUGAAUUUCAUCCUACCCGACAUUUUCAACGACCUUGAUAGUUUUCAAGAAAGGUUCAAUGCUCCGAGUGCUGCAAAUGAAUUUGGUGGUGAAUCCCCUGGGGAUCCGAUCCUGACAGAGGCCCACAGCGGACGUCUUAUCACUACACUUCACGGAAUCCUCAAGCCUUUCUUGCUACGACGCGUUAAGGUAGACGUGGAAUUCAAUUUGCCUCCUAAAAAGGAAUAUGUUCUUUUUGCUCCGCUCACUCGACCGCAAGUGGAAAUCUACGAGGCCAUUCUAUCUGGUCGAGUCAGAGACUGGCUGAUCGAGAAUUUUGAUGGCGGUCGUGGGCUCGGAGCAUCUGGCGGCAACAGGCUUGAGCUGGACGUUGGUUCUUCGUCUGGAGAGGAAGAUGAUGACGAAGGGGCCCGCAAGAUGCGACUUCGUCGACGCGCAGAUAUUAGCUAUGACGUUCUUGACGAUGACGAUGAAUACUUCGCUCAACUCCAGAGUGAUAAGCCACGCACCAAAAGUUUGACCGCGAGAGGCAGAAAGAUCAAAGAAAAGACUGAAGAGUCGCUGGGACGAGAGUACGCCCUCAAGCAAGCAACUAAAUCCGUGAACAAUAUGAAGCUUCAGAAUACAAUCAUGCAGCUUCGAAAAGUAUGCUCUCAUCCGUACUUGUUCACCUGGCCUACGGAUCCCGUCACAAGGCAGCCAAUACUCGGGGAUGACCUUAUCAAUGCUAGCGGAAAGAUGCUCCUCCUGGAUCGACUUCUGGAAGCACUUAUUGGUAAGGAUGCCAAGCAAGACGGGUCGCGGCCGCACAAAGUCCUCCUUUUUAGCCAGUUUGUAACCAUGCUGGACGUGAUAGAGGAUUGGGCCCGUGAGUACAAAGGGUGGGAGAUUUGUCGCAUCGAUGGGUCAACCGCGCCUCAGGAACGGCGCGAGCAAAUGGAAAUUUUCAAUAAUGGCGGUAAUGGCCCCUCUGCUCCACGUCUUUUCCUUCUAAGCACUCGCUCUGGUGGAUUGGGCAUCAACCUUGUGGAAGCGGACACCGUCAUCUUUUAUGAUCAGGAUUGGAAUCCUCAAAUGGAUCUGCAAGCACAGGAUCGGGCUCAUCGCAUUGGCCAGACCCGUCCUGUUCUUAUCUUCCGAUUGGUGGCGAACCACACGGUCGAAACGAAGAUUAUGUCGCGAGCUGGGGAGAAGCGAAAGCUGGAGGCACUGGUCAUCGCAAAAGGCAAGUUCAGACUUCCCCACAGUAAGCAAGCCACAAGGCAGGAGAGUAUCGCGGAAAUGGCAGCUACACUCCUUCGCCUGGAAAGUGAGAAGAUCCACGUUGUCUCAGCCUCGGACGACAAGAAGAAUCUCAUCAGUGAUGAAGCACUUGAAGCACUCUUGGAUCGAAGGCCUGAAGUAUUCGAGGAGCGGGCCGUUGGCUGGAAGAAGGAUGUGUCUUCUGCCAAAUUUACUACGAACGGCGAUGCUGCCAGCCGUACCGCUUUCAAAGUAUUCGAAGGCGUAGCAGACGAAGCCAAUGAUGGCUUGGCGGCCAUUAUGGGCGAAGACGAGUAAGCGACCCUUGAUUAUUUUGCGGAUCCUGGGACUCGAUUCCUUCUGGUUCCAUUGUAACAUAUCAUCUCAUUUAUUUUUGUGGUACAUAAUCGUAGCUAGUCACUAGUCGAGCGAGCAAUUGUUGAUUUCGCACAUAAGAAUGGACUUUUUGGUUAUAUAUUGUACGUAACGGGACCUUCUUUCUUAUGAUCUAAAACUCCUCCCUCGCCCCUGAGGUCCAGAUAGUAAUCGGGAGUCAUUC